GCAGCGUCUCGUUUUCGUCUGUUUCUGCUCCCAGCUCAACAACACGAAACCUCUCGUAUUUGUGCCCAUCUCGGUCCGUUCGUGGGGCUGUGGCGGGGGACGGGUGUGGCACCCCAUGAGCUUAAAGCCCUGGGACCUCCUUCAGGUCAGCUGAGAGAUAAACGGGAGAGGAUCUCAGACAUGACCUUCCAGCUUUCCGCGGUCUAGUCCCGUAGACGCAGCCUGCUGCCCUUCACCACUGCCUCGAGAUGGAAGGCGAGGACGCGGGCCUUGCGCAGGCCUCGCUGCGUGCGGGCGAAGAGGCCGAUGUGCGCAGCCCCUACAUGUCUGAGGUGGACGCCGCGGUGGCUGGCUGGCUGAAGGCCCACGAGUGCGGUGCCCUGACACCUGAGGUGUUGCGUGCGUUCUGGGCAACGCAUGUGCCUCCGCUGUUGAGCCCGCCCCUCAACUGUCGCCCUCUGCAGCUGGCCUACGACGAGGCAACACUGCGCAAGACGCUGCUCGACUCACUCGAGAGGUUUGUCUGCGGGACCUCAGAUCCGGGGGGCUACUUUGAGGAGCUGCGUCGGAUGGAGUCGCCCCCGACAUUGUGCGGCCGAGUGUUCAAGUCCGGCGAGCCCACGUACUCCUGCCGAGACUGCGGUCUUGACCCUACCUGUGUCCUGUGUGUCGACUGCUUCAAAAGCAGCGAACACAAGAACCACAAGUACAAGAUGAGCAUGAGCUGCGGUGGCGGCUACUGCGACUGCGGUGACCUCGAGGCCUGGCGGUCGUCCCCGUUCUGCGAGACCCAUGGGCGUGCUGUCAAGCAGCAGGAAGAGGGCCGGGACGGUGAUGAGCCGAAUCCGCUGGACCGGCUCCCUCCGGAUCUGGUGAGCCGUGUGGAGCUUGUGCUGCGGGCGGUGCUGCUCUACUGCCACCAGAUGCUCACGUGGGGCAAGUCCACCGAACUGCCCCCGGACCUCGCCCUGACGCCUCUGUCGGGACUGCCCGACACCUACGUCACCAUGCUGUUCAACGACGAGACGCACACCUAUGAACAGGUGAUCCAAACCCUGAACAGGGCCAUCGAGUGCUCACACCGAGAGGCCAUCGAGUACGCAACCAUGGUGGACCGCGAGGGCCGCAGUGUGGUCCGAAGCUCGACGUUCAGUGAUUGCCUGCAGGUGAAGCAGCAUAUUGAGCGGAUCACGUCCCGGCAUGGCAGUCGGCCCCUGCGGGUACUGGUGAUGCAUUCGUCGGUGGUGGCACACCAGACGUUCGCCAUGCGCCUGCUUGGCUGGCUGCAGGGCUUCCUCGCGCAGUGCCAAGCGUUUCGUCUGAUCCUGAGCGAUGUGAUGAUGGCGCCGACGCCCGAGGAAGGCUUUGCACUGGUGCGGUGCAUCAUGCGCUCAGACGCGCACCUCUGGAAGACGGCGCGGGCCCAGUGGCACCAGAUUCUCAUUGGGGGCAUGCUCAUGGACGCCCGGUGCAAGCAGGACUUUGCCCGGGCCUUCACGCGCGACUACCCCGACCUGCUCAAGGAGUUCGUGGCCGACGACCACGAGCAUCCGGUCUCCAUCACCUCGCUGUCGGUGCAGAUCUUCACCGUGCCCACGCUGGCGCACCUGCUCGUUGCCGAGGAGAAUGCGAUUGUGGUCCUGCUCAGGGCGUUCUUGUCCGAGUGCGAGAAGCACCGCAACACGGAGGGGCGGCUAGCCUUCGAGCGGAACCAUGCCAACGUGGCCUUCCGGCGGGCCCAGUUCGUCCUGUACGACCUGCGCUACAUCCUGUCGGUGCCCCCCGACGUGUGGACCGACAAGCUGCGGAAGGGCUUCCUCUACGGCGUGACGUCUUUGCUCAGCCUGCUCACCUGGAUGCAGGGGAUGGACUCGGUGGUCCGCCAGGUGGGUCAGCACGUCGAGUUUGAGGCCGAGUGGGAGACGGGCAUCAACAUCCAGCUCAAGCUGGCGCCUGUCGUCGCCCUGGCCCUGGAGUGGUGCUCGCGCGACCGCGAGGUGGCCAUCAAGGCCCUGCGCAAGGCCCUGCGAGCACUCGAGGGGGUCCAGGGUCACAUGACGGCCGUCGGCCGGGAGCUGGCCGACCACUCGGCCUCGUGCGUCGACUACGACGUGUCCACGGGUCCCGUCUCCAUCCACCUGCCCCUGUCGCGCUUCGUGGCGGGUCUCCUCCUCUGCCUGGAUCGGUUUGGCUUGGGAUAUGACUCUCACGAGUUCCAGUUCCGAGGCAAGCCUACGCCCGAGCAGCUGAUGGAGCUCCCGCUGCGGACGCAGGUGAUGGUGGCCCAGUUCCGGGCGGGCAUGUGGCGUCGUAACGGCUACUCCCUGCUCAACCAGAUUUACUUCUACCACAACGUGCGCCUUAGGAAUGAGACGUACGAUCGUGACAUCACCCUCUUGCAGGCAACUGCUGCGCUCCUGGAGAGCAACGAGUUCCUCAUCCACGUGCUCAACAAGUAUGGGCUGCUGGCGUGGGCCUCCAACACAUACGACAGCACGCAGGACGAGGCCAACGCCCAGCUCACCGUGACCAUCGCCGAGGAGUUCCUCGGCCUCGUGCUGACAUUGGUCAGCGAGCGCAGUCUUCCCGGCGUGGGGGCGGUGACCGAGACGGACCGGCUCCAGCGGGAGGUGGUGCAGCUCCUCUGCGUGGAGCCCCUCCCCCACAGCCAGCUGGUGAAGCUUCUCCCUCGAGGAAGUUCGCCCGCCCGCGAGGCCCAGGUCGAGCAGGUGCUGCAGCGGGUGGCCCACUUUCGCAGGGACAACCGGGCCGCCACGGUCACCUCGGCCACCUCGGCCGCCGACGCGUCUGCCUCCACCAGGUAGCGGUCCCCCUUUGUCCCGGUUUUGC